CAAAGAGGAAGAUCUUUGCUGUCGUCGUUCUCAGCCAAUAAGAAUCCUACUUUUCCACGUUGCCCGCUCCCGACAGUAGACACAGCGACAACGUUCAAGGCCUCUCAGUGCUCCGUCCGCUGCGGUCCGCUGUACAUAACAGCAACAUACGUUUACUGAGCCUCUACCACCAUAAGACUGUUUCGUUGAAUUUAACAACAUAUCUUAAUGAAAUAUAAUGGGGACAAGAUCACUGUAACAACGCAUAGAUUCACUCUGAUUUGCGACAAAUUCUGUUCUCAACAGACAGAUUCAGAUCCACAGAACGGACCGCAACAAACACAACAGGUGGUGUGGGUGCUGGCCAUCCUCAGUGCCAGCCGAAAUUCUUCAACAUGGAUGUGGAUGAAGAGGAGAACAUGAGUUCGAGCAGCACUGACGUCAAGGAAAAUCGCAAUCUGGACAACGUGUCCUCCAAAGAAGGGGCCGCGGGAGCUGAGCAGCUCCCCAACGGCAGCGGGGGGGGCAGCGGGGGGGCCAGGAAGCGCCCCCUGGAGGAGGGCAACAACGGCCACGCACACUCCAAGUUCCGACCCAAGAAGCGGAAGAAAACCCCUGGGCCGGUUUUGCCCAAGAACGCACUCAUGCAGCUGAAUGAGAUCAAACCGGGACUACAAUAUAAGCUCCUCUCCCAGACCGGCCCAGUCCAUGCCCCUGUGUUUGUCAUGACUGUUGAGGUAAAUGGGCAGCUGUUUGAAGGCACAGGCCCGACCAAGAAGAAGGCAAAGCUCAAUGCAGCCGAGAAGGCGCUGCGUUCCUUUGUCCAGUUCCCUAACGCCUCGGAGGCACACCUGGCCAUGGGGCGGACUCUGACAGUCAACACAGACUUCACGUCUGACCAGGCUGACUUCCCAGAUAUGCUUUUCAACGGGUUUGAGACGCCAGCUGUGCCAGAGGACUCCUUCUACCUGGGCUCUAACGGCAGCAACUCCUUCCCUUCCCUUGGGGAGUUCCCCCUCCCUGUGCCACCAGGCAGCAACCUCGUCCAAGCCCCCUUGCCCCCCCCCUCCUCCUUCAGCUCCCCCUCCAGUGGCAAAAACCCUGUCAUGAUCCUCAACGAGCUCCGGCCCGGCCUCAAAUACGACUUUGUGUCCGAAAGUGGCGAAAGCCAUGCCAAGAACUUUGUCAUGUCUGUGACGGUGGACACACAGACAUUUGAGGGCUCAGGACGCAACAAGAAGCUGGCCAAGGCCCGAGCUGCCCAGGCAGCCCUGUCAGCCCUCUUCAACAUGCAGCUAGACCAGACCCCCUCCCGCCAGCCCAUACCCAGAGAGGGGCUGCAGCUACACCUGCCUCAGGUUUUGGCAGAUGCCGUCUCUCGUCUGGUGGUGGAUAAGUUCAGCGAGCUGACUGACAACUUCACCUCGCCCCAUGCACGUCGAAAAGUCCUGGCGGGGGUUGUCAUGACAACAGGCACAGAUGUCAAAGAGGCUCAGGUCAUAUGCGUCUCCACGGGGACAAAGUGCAUCAACGGCGAGUACAUGAGCGACCGCGGCCUGGCGCUCAACGACUGCCAUGCGGAGAUCAUCGCCCGCCGGUCGCUCAUCCGGUACCUCUACACACAGUUGGAGUUCUUCCUCAGCAGCAACAAGGAAGACCAUCACAAGUCUAUCUUUAUACGGUGUGAGAAGAGAGGGUACCGGUUAAAAGACAAUGUUCAGUUCCACCUCUACAUCAGUACUUCACCUUGUGGAGACGCCAGAAUCUUCUCACCGCAUGAGGCUGGCAUGGAAGAUCAAGGGGACCGGCAUCCCAACCGUAAAGCCAGGGGACAGCUGCGCACCAAGAUUGAGUCUGGGGAGGGCACCAUCCCUGUGCGCUCCAGCAACACCCUCCAGACAUGGGACGGGGUGCUACAGGGGGAGAGGCUGCUCACCAUGUCCUGCAGUGACAAGAUUGCACGGUGGAAUGUGGUGGGUAUCCAGGGCUCACUGAUGAGUUAUUUCUCAGAGCCCAUCUACUUCUCCAGCAUCAUCCUGGGCAGCCUGUACCACGCGGACCACCUGUCCCGCGCUAUGUACCAGCGCAUCGCAGACAUUGAGGACCUGCCCCAGCAGUUCAACCUCAACAGACCCCUGCUCAGCGGUAUCAGCAACGCAGAGGCCAGGCAGCCGGGCAAGGCACCCAACUUCAGUGUGAACUGGGCCGUGGGUGACCAGGUGCUGGAGGUCAUCAAUGCCACCACGGGCAAAGACGACCUGGGCCGCGCCUCGCGCCUCUGCAAGCACGCCCUGUACAGCCGCUGGGUGCGCUUGCACUCCAAGCUCUCGUCCACGCUGAGGAUCAAGGUGCCCAAGCCCAGUUUGUACCACGAGGCCAAGCAGGCAGCACUGGAGUAUCACUCCGCCAAGCAGACCCUCAUCAAGGCCUUCCACAAGGCCGGCCUGGGAGCCUGGGUGAAAAAGCCCAUUGAGCAGGACCAGUUCAGCCUGACCUCUUGAGGAGAGGACAACUUCCACAUCCUCCACACACCACAUCCUCCACACACCGCACCCUCCACACAAUACACUCUCCACACACUACACCAU